AGGUAUCACUUAUGUGAAGAACUCUAAAUCUCCUGUGUGUGUGAGGGCAAUCUCUCGGACCUGUCUCACCUGAAAGACCCUCUUAAUAGAGAAAAUAGGGGCCAAACACAUCGAUUAUGGAGACUAGAGGAGUGAUUGCGCUUUGUUUCACCUGUCUCAGCUUGUUCAGCGGAGCGCAUGGCGAUAAACGGGACAUUUUCGCGAAAGUUGUGGAUUUGGUGUCUCCAGGACAGGAGUUCCUCACAGAAGAUGCGGUUCGCUCGGUUUUUGAACGGCUGGAGGAACGUGUGCAGUGCUCCGGUGUGUCGUGUGGAAAGUGCCUCUCUGUGGAACAUUUGCCCCAGCUGUUGAGUAACUACACCAGCUCACAGGGGCUGCAGAUGGAGGACUUCUUCACGAUGGCCCCUGGGUGCUGCUUGUUUCUGAGCGGUCCACUUCACACCUGCGGGGUCAUUCAUGAGGGCCACUGGGGCGAAGAGACCGAGCAUUUCAUUGAAACAAUCUUAGGCCACGGUCACCAUGAUGACCAUAACAACAACACGCCCACCAGCCAUCCUCCCCAUGGUGAUAUCAGCGCCACAGAAUAUGAGGGUUUAGAGAGACUGUUUCAUGACAUGGAAAAAUACUCUCAGCCCGACACACAUGAGUCAUGUCUCUCUCUGAACGACAUCCUGGAAGAGAGCAGCGAUGAUCACGGAGACCACACGCAUGUCGAGCUGGAUGCCGUGUUCGGAAACAUCGUGUUUCACGCUCUGCGUGGAGACUGCAUGAGGGCGUACGUCCUGCCUGAGCAAGAGUACUUCCUUGAUUACAUCUUCAACCUGUUUGGCUCUGAAAAUCUCACACUUCAUGAUUUUGAAGAGCUUCUGAAGACCUUAAACCUGGGCGGAGAGGAACACGAUCAUGACCACGACCAUCUUGAAGCUGAAUCCCACCACAGAAUGACCCGCAAACAAAGUCAUCCAGAGGGUCACCAUAGCAACAGCAGCUGGGAUGCGACGUGUUUCAGUGCUGAAGAUCUUCUAAGAAUCCACCAGAUAAACUCCACAGCACUGACCCGAGAUCAGUUCACACAGCUCAGUCCUGCCCUGAUUCAACAGAUACUCAGUGGAGGCUGUUCUCAGAUCAGCCCCAGUCCAGUGAUACCCAACUCGCUCAGUGCCGCUGAGAAAUAUGGAUACGCCACCCUCGCCAACCUCAUCAUCUGUCUGAUGGCCAUGUUUGGAAUCGUGGUGCUGUUGUUUUCCGCCUGUACUCAAGUGUUUGAACUCUGCAUUCAGUUCUGCAUCAGUCUCGCUGUGGGGUCGCUGACCGGUGACGCGCUAUUGCAUCUCCUGCCUGCGUUUUUGGGCCUUCACGUUCAUGAUGACGGAAACAAUCACGACCAUUCAGAAGACAACCUCGACUUUGUGUACAAACUCUUGGUGCUCAUUGGAGGCAUCUAUUUCUUCUACGUGAUGGAAACCAUCUUCUCCAUCAUUACUCGUGGAGAACAUCACCACCAUCAUGAUGGAGAGGAGUCGGAUCUUCAUCACUGUGACCACGGGAAAGUUCUGCAGAUGUUCCAGAGAGACAAACAGAACAAACACUCAAGCUCUCAGGCUGAUCUGGUGGAUACAGAAAAAAACGAGAAGUCCUUCCUGGAGCCUGCUGUCCACAGAAGAGAACAGCGUUUGCUUCCUUAUAUGAUCACCAUUGGCGACAGCAUACAUAACUUUGCGGAUGGUUUGGCAGUCGGCGCUGCGUUCUCCGUGUCGUGGCGAUCAGGACUGGCCACGUCACUGGCCGUACUCUGUCACGAGCUGCCACAUGAGUUGGGUGAUUUUGCGAUCCUCUUACACUGCGGAGUGUCGGUCAAGAAUGCCCUGUUGUUUAAUGUGGGCAGCGCUCUCACCUCCUUCAUUGGAUUGUACAUCGCAUUGUCUGUCUCAACGGAAACUGUCGCCACGGAGUGGAUUUCGGCUGUGACUGCCGGUCUCUUCCUGUAUGUUGGUCUGGCAGACAUGCUUCCGUCCAUGGUUCACGUUGACAGUAAGAGACCUUGGAUGAUAUUUCUUCUGCAGAAUCUGGGACUUUUGUGCGGCUGGGGCAUUCUGUUGUUGCUGUCCUUUUAUGAAGACCAGAUAGGGGUCUAAAAAUACAAUCUCAUUAGUUUUUAUUUGUGCCUUAUUCCUAUAUUUCUCUUCUUAGAAUAUGUUUUGUAUGGUAGUUAUUGGAACAUGAAAUAUGUGCAAUUUUGUUCUGCCCUUUCUUAUGUGUUUUCGUACAGAAUAUUUUUAUAUUUUUUAAAUUGCAUCUACGCUUGAAUGGAACGGCCUGCGGUGUAAAAAUCAACUGUGUGCUGCUUACAGCAAAGAAAACUGCUAAAUCUCAUCAAAUACUCUCUGAAACAGCUAAAACAAGCAGCUUUUGCACAUUUUCUGGAGUCAUUAUUUGUAUUCAUUAACAAUGAUUAAUCAUUCAUUCAUCUCAAUCACAUUUACUGUACUGAUCAUGGCCAUAAGCGCUCUGGAUAUGAUUAAACGGCUUCAAUGUUG